AAAGUUAGCACUAUAAUCAUUAAAAUUGGAUGUUAAAAUCUCCCAUUGGAUUUGUCCCUCACAGCGGACUGCAGACUUCUGGAUUCAGAUUCAGGUUUGUCUGUGCUGGAGCAGAUGGGACUGGACCAGAACUCUGAUUUCUCCGACUCCAGCGUGCAGCAUCGGCUGGACGAGAAGCGCGAGUGGAUCCGCAGGGAGAUUCGUAAAGAACUGAAGAUUAAAGAGGGCGCGGAGAAACUGCGGCGGGCCACUACUGACAAACGCAAUGCCCAGCAGGUGGAGAGCCAGUUGCGCAGCUCCAGCCGAAAGCUGGACUCGCUCCACGCUCAGCUGCAGGAGCUGGACGCAUAUAUCAUGGUCAAGGGUCACGACGACAGCAAAGAUGACAUUCAGUCUGUUGGGACACCAGGACGCUCCUCAGCCAAUCAGGACAGGAUUAAGGCUCUGGAGCGACAGCUCAACAUCGAACUGAAGGUCAAGCAGGGGGCAGAGAACAUGAUCCCCAUCUACGCCAAUGGGGUUACCAAGGAUAAGAAGCUGCUUCAGUCGGCUCAGCAGAUGCUGCAGGACAGUAAAACGAAGAUCGACAUCAUCCGAAUGCAGAUCCGUAAAGCCAUGCAGGCCACCGAACAGAGCGACGACACUCAGGGUAAGCCGGAUCUGUGUGGUGUGGAGCUGCGUAUCGAGGAGCUCUGGCAUCAUUACCGUGUUGAACACGCCAUGGCUGAAGGCGCCAAAAACAUGCUGAGGCUUCUGGGAACUGGAAAAGCGCAGGACAAGAAAGCCAUCGCUGAGGCUCAGAGUCGUCUGAGUGAAGCGUCCCAGAGGCUGGAUCUCCUGCGGGUGUCCUUAGAGCAGCGUUUGGUGAAUCUGCCCGAGGAUCAUCCCAAAGCGUGUCUGAUUAAAGAGGAGCUGGUGCGGGCGUCCUCCUCCGCCUUCAGCUCCAGUCACAGCGCCCCCUAUGUCCACAAUCAGUACAGCACCCUCAGCAGACCCUCCCCGCUCACCGGCACUCUGCAGGUGCGUCUGCUGGGCUGUGUGGAUUUACUGGAGAUGGUCCCGGGCCGCAGUCGAGCGUCUCCCGUGGUUUUACCUCACUUCAGUCCUGGAGACGGACGAGCCUUCAAGCUGACCCUGAGCAGCAGAAGCAGCAGCUUCAGCCUGAAGACGCCCAGCAAGAGUGAAGAGUCCUCUAGAGAGAUGGAGAUAGCGCUGUACUGGAGGGAUUAUCGCUCGCUCUGUGCGCUGAAGUAUCUGAAACUGGAGGAUUUUCUGGACAAUCAGAGACACAGAGUUCAGCUGGAGCUGGAGCCGCAGGGUCUGCUGUUGGCCGAGGUGAUGUUCUUCAAUCCUGUGAUCGAGCGAGGGCCACGUUUACAGCGCCAGAGGAAGGUGUUUUCUAAACAACAGGGUAAAGCGUUUCUGCGUGCUAAACAGAUGAAUGUGGACAUGGCGACAUGGGUCCGUCUGCUGAAGAACGCCAUUACCAUCCCGACACACAACUACACACAGCACAGCCACACACACCACAGCAGCAGUGAGAUCUCCAUCCAGAAGAUCCAGCUUGAUGGAGAAUCUCCUCCAUCUGUGACGAGGAGAAACACACACACGUCAGCCACGGUGGACUUCGGCCGGGCGGCUGAACCCGUCUCUCCUCCUGGUCCCGCGCCUCCGGAGAGGGUCGUCCGGAGCAUUUCGCAUCUUUCCCAGCGCAGGUCAUCCAAAAGCGCUCUGUGUCUUCAGGAUUUCCGAAUGAUCGCAGUGUUGGGAAGGGGACAUUUUGGAAAGGUACUCCUGUCUGAAUACAGACGCUCGGGAAAUCUGUACGCCAUCAAAGCACUGAAGAAAGGAGACAUCGUUGCACGGGAUGAGGUGGAGAGUUUGAUGUGUGAGAAGCGAAUCUUCGAGACGGUGAACAGCGCACAGCACCCGUUCCUGGUCAACCUGUUUGCGUGCUUUCAGACGCCAGAACACGUGUGUUUCGUGAUGGAGUACACGGCCGGCGGAGACCUGAUGAUGCACAUACAUGCAGACGUCUUCUCUGAAACACGCUCUGUGUUUUAUUCUGCAUGUGUAGUUUUGGGGCUUCAGUUUCUUCAUGAUAAUAAGAUUGUGUAUCGAGAUCUGAAGCUGGACAACCUGCUUCUGGAUACUGAAGGUUAUGUGAAAAUCGCAGACUUCGGCCUCUGUAAAGAGGGAAUGGGUCACGGGGACCGCACCAGCACUUUCUGUGGGACUCCAGAGUUUCUGGCUCCUGAGGUUUUGACGGACACAUCCUACACGCGGGCCGUGGACUGGUGGGGUCUCGGAGUGCUCAUUUAUGAGAUGAUGGUCGGAGAGUCUCCUUUCCCAGGUGACGAUGAGGAGGAGGUGUUCGACAGCAUCGUGAAUGAUGAAGUUCGAUACCCGAGAUUCCUCUCCACUGAAGCCAUUGGCAUCAUGAGACGGCUGCUGAGGCGUAAUCCUGAGAGACGGCUGGGCUCUGGCGAGAAAGAUGCAGAGGACAUAAAGAAACAGCCCUUCUUUAGGAAUAUGGACUGGGAUGCUCUUCUGCAGCGAAAGGUUCCUCCUCCAUUUGUUCCUGCAGUCGCUACCAGUGAAGAUGUCAGUAAUUUCGACGCAGAGUUUACGAACGAGGCUCCAACACUGACGCCGCCUCGAGAACGCCGGAGCCUUUCACGCAAAGACCAGGACUAUUUUAAGGACUUUGAUUACGUCUCUGACUUCUGCUAGUGCGCACACUGAAGCUGCUAGCUGUGAGAGGAAAAAACUAGCAGAGAUCUCGCCCCCUAGUGGCCAUCUAGGGUGCUCGGCGAGAGGAUUCGCUCAAACCCCAGGCGACACGGUUGCAGGUACAUCAGAUGUGAAGAGAUGGAAGAAUCCAGAUAAUGUGAAGCUCUGUGGUGAUUUUAACAGAAGCAGGAUCUCAAGUGGUCGGUUCGAUUAAUCCUUGGCCAACAUCUUUGGAACAACUUUGGAAGCUAAUGAAGUCAACUGUGAUGAAGAGAUGACUUUUUCUUUUAGGUCAAAACCUAAAAAAAACACCACGUCUCAAAAUCUGUGGGUGUUUUUUAAGAAGAUUUACGUUAACUUCCUGAGAAGCUGGCCUGUGGUUAACAUUAUUUCAACACAUUAUUCUGCGACAUAUAAUAUAUAAAAAAUAAACUAAACAAAAGCUUUUGUCUUGAA